AUCACUCCUCGGUCCACGCCGUCAUCAUUCAUUCUCCUCCAUCCCAUCUCUAUCCCGUCCAUCUUGAGACUCCCACAUCCCGACUCUUUCUCUUAUUCUGCAGCAGCGGCAGGCGCUUGGACACACCCAAACCGCUUCACUCGCAGAUCCACAAUAUAUGCACAUUCCCGGCGCCAUGGCCGAGAGUCCUACUCCACCGGGACACGAGCGUUCACAAUCCGCCGCCUCCCUUUCUCGCUUCUACCAUGGGCAGAACGGCGAGGCUCACGAGGACGACCUCACCGACCCCUCGCUCGACUUCUGCAAUGCCUUCUGGGGGCCAGGCGACCGAGGCUAUGAGGUUAUUAUGACCCGUCUCCGCAGCGCCGCAAAGACAGUCGACGACCUCAAGGCAUUCUGGAAGGAGCGCGCAUCCAUCGAGGAAGACUACGCAAAGCGCCUUAGCAAGCUUGCCAAGAUGCCGCUGGGUAACAAUGAGAUCGGCGACCUGCAUCACGCCCUGCAGACCGUUCAGAUGGAGACGGCAGCGCAGGCUUCGUAUCACCUUCAGAUGAGCUCCGAGAUUCACACAGCCGUCGAGCAGCCCACCGCCGAGUUUGGUAACCGCCUUGCGACUCUCAAGAAGGGGCCGCAAGCCUCCAUCGAGAAGUCGUGGCGCAGCAAGGGCCUCCAGGAGGCUCAUGUCGCAAAGGCACGCGACCGGUACGAGAAGGACUGCCUCAAACUAAACUCGUACACGGCAAACAUGCAGCUCGUACAGGGCCGCGAGCGCGACGAGCUCGAGAGCAAGAUGGACAAGGUUCGUCGAAGCAUUCAGAGCGAGGAGCAGGACUUCCGCAAUUUUGUCAGAGUUCUAGAGGAAACAAGCGCAAAGUGGGAGACCGAGUGGCGCGGCUUUUGCGAUGUUGUGCAAGACCUCGAGGAGGACCGCCUCAGCAUGACCAAAGACGUCGUGUGGGCGUACGCCAACGCCGUGUCACAGGUUUGCGUCGAGGACGACAGCUCGUGCGAGCGUGUUCGUGAGAAGCUCGAGCAGUUUGAGCCCCCCAACGACAUGGUCUUUUUCGUCAAGGGUUGGGGGACAGGCGGCCGGAUCCCGGAUCCUCCGCGCUUCAUCAACUAUGGCCUCGGCGAUGCUCCCGCGCCGCCAGGCUUCCACCAUGCCCAGUUUCGCCGCCAGUCCGACAGGCCGCCGCUUCAGCCCGUGCCGAGGCAGGUUCCCGAGUCAGAGCCGCAGUCGGCUGUGAGCGGGGCGCCAACCUCAGCUGCACCUUCUUCCGCCAUCGAGACUGCUGUCAAGUCACCUGCGCCGGCUCCAGCUACCGCGCCGAUGCCCGAAGAGCUCAACGCACCCCGCUCCGGAAACCAGGGCCAAUACUCUCCGGAGCUUCCACCGGUUCCUCCGACCAAAGAAGACAAGUUCACGCCCCCAACCGUGCGCAGCUACCAGCUGACUGAUAACCCCACGCCCUCCUCGGCGCCCGCCAAGGACACUGGGUAUAGGCCGCCCUUCGGCAUGCCUCUUCCCGGCAUGGCCGCAGUCGGGGGGGCCGCGGCUGGCAUCGGUGCUGUAACUGGGGCUGCGGCGUUUAGUAGAAGCAACGAUACAGUCUCUCCCGCACCGUUCUCCGUCGAUUCAGCCAAGUCGGGAGGCCCGCCCAGCCCAAGUGCCCGAGAUGUGCAGGAUCAGGAGGACCCGAUGGCGCGAGCGUUGGCUGAGCUGCGCCACAACCCACCCGGGCCGAAUAACGUGCGCCGUGCGCCGUCGCAGCGGCGUGCCGAAUCAACCUACUCAGUCACCGGUCGCCCCGGGAGUGGCGUUGCAGGCAGCAGCGUGUCGCAGCAUCGCGCCCCCUCCCCUGCACCAAGUAACCACGGUCGUCAGCAGUCGUAUCAAGCUCCUGCCGGCAGCGCACAGGGUGGCAUGGGUAGCAGCGGCCUGAUCCCACCUCGGGAGGGCCACACUGCAGCCCAGCUCGCCAAGUCGAUGGCGGAGUUUGAGAACCGAUCCAUCAACCGCCAGAGCGUCAAUUAUAACAACUACGCGGACGAUGUGGUGGGGGCGCACCCGACAUCGCGCCCGACAUCGCCCGCGCCUAAUCGCGCCCCCUCUCCGGCGUUCAUGCAACCUCCGACCCAGCCCGCGACCCACAUCGCCGACGACGUCCUCCCACGCUACGGCCAAGCAUUCCCUGGCGAGCGUUCGCGCUCCCGCCCAGCAUCGGUGUACUCUUCCCACUCGCGUGCAAACUCUGUUGUGGGCGUUCCGCCGCCGGGCCAACAGGAGGACGCUGUGCCACGUGAAGCAUUCGCGGGCAUCGGCGCCGGGAACGCUGCGCGCAGCCCUUCUCCGCGCCCGCACAGCUUCCGUUCACCGUCGCCCGGCCCCGGCGCGAAUCCUCACAGCGCGUUGGGUCCUCCCAACCUCGGUAUUGCGCUCGACGCGAGCGGUAGCGUCGCCCAAGAUUCGAUGGCUGAGCAGUACCGUCAGAGGUACCAGCAGUCGCAGCGGUUGUCGCAACAGCCUCAGCAGCAACCGCAGCAGCAGCAGCAGCAACGCCAGACAUCUCUGGAGCAGCAGCAGUGGGGACAAGUGCCGAGCUUUGGCGCGCCUCAGACGCAGUCGCCACCGCCCGACAAGUCUUACCCGCCUCGCAUGUCGGGCUCGUUCGGUCACGUCGCACCGUCGCAGAGCACUGGCUCUAUCUCGCAGCAGGCGUACGCCGGCCUCCCCCAGCAGCAGCAGCCGCAGCCGCAGCAGUCACCAGAACCUCAGUAUGAGCUGCAACCCUUGGGUACAGCCCCGCCAUUGCGAGCGGAGCAGCUUUACGGUCAGCGGCAGUCGCAGUCUCAGUAUGACCAGUACGCCCAGCAACCGCCGACCCAGCCAGCUCCGCAGACCAUGCAACAGCAGCCGCAAUACAACCAGUACGGCCAGCAGCCAGUUCAGCAGCAGCAGACGGCCCAACAGCAGUCGCCCUACCCACAGCACUCGUACUCGGGGUCAAAUGCGUCGUAUAUGGGCUCCUACGGUGGUCGGCAGCAGCAGCAACAGCAGCCUCGGCAGGCUUCCCAGCAACAAAAUGGCUAUGACGGGGGAUACCGCGUCCCGUCGCCUCAGCCCCAGCCACAGCAGUACCGCGCGCCGUCUCCGCAGCCUCAGCAGUACCGGGCUCCUUCGCCGCAGCCACAAGCGCAACUCCAGCAACAGCCGCAGCAGCAGAUGUACCGUACGCCGUCGCCGCAGCCGGCGUACCAUCAGCAGUCCCAGCAGUCCCAGCAGCCCCAGCAGAUUCAGCAGCCCCAGCAGGCUCGGGGUACGCCGAGCCCGAUUCCAGCUCAGCCGCCUUCGAACCCCGCGCCAACGGGGCAGUGGGCGACGGACGGGCGGCCAAUCUUGUUCUAUGUGCGCGCGGUGUAUGGGUACCAGGCACAGAGCCCCGUCGAGUUUGACUUCCAAGCGGACGACAUUAUCGCUGUCACGAGCACGCCCGAGGACGGGUGGUGGUCCGGCGAGCUGCUGGACGAGUCGCGCCGCAUGCCGGGCCGCACCGACUUCCCCUCCAACUUUGUCGAGUUGUUCUAAUUUGCGAGCGGGGCAGCUAAAGUUUGGCGGCGAGUCACGUACCGAAGGGAGGAUAAUGGGAGAGAGAGAGACACGAAAGUAAAGCCAGUCAGAGAGACGAGCAACGUAGCGAGGGAGGCAGAGAGAUGGAGAGAGACGAAGACUUCCGGUUUAGAACGUUGUCUAGUUGUCCUAGAUGGUCUAGUCUUGUCGAGUGCAUGAAGGGGGGGCAAUACUGGGUCUG